GCAUUAUAGACCGGUCUCUUUGCCACGUUGAAGACUGCAAAUAAGUUGAUAUACUUUGGGAUCAGUCUUUUUCAUCACAGAAACUAUCGGUUACACCUGCAAAAAAUAUGCUGUCUUUAUUUCUAAGUGCCUGCGUUAUUGCUCUAACUUUUGGAGCAGACAUUAAAGAUGAAAACGGUGUUUUAGUGUUGACAACAGCAAAUAUCGAAGAUGCUCUGAAAGACAACACAAACAUCUUGGUUGAGUUUUAUGCCCCAUGGUGUGGCCAUUGUAAAGCUUUAGCACCAGAGUAUGAGAAGGCAGCCAAAGCUUUAGCUGAUGAAGGUUCAGACAUAAAGUUAGCCAAGGUUGAUGCUACUGUCGAGUCUUCACUUGGAGAAAAAUAUGAAGUACGAGGCUACCCUACCAUCAAAUUCUUCAGAUCAGGAACACCAGUUGAUUAUUCAGGUGGUAGACAGUCAGCUGACAUUGUAAACUGGUUGAAGAAGAAGACUGGUCCCGCUUGUGUUACUUUAGAUUCAGUUGAUGCUGCUAAAGCAAUGAUUGAGAAAGAUGAAGUUGUUGUUCUUGGUUUCUUCAAGGAUUUGAAGUCAGAAAGUGCUAAAGAAUAUGAGAAAGCAGCACAAGGUAUUGAUGAUAUCCCAUUCGGAAUUACAUCUAAUACUGAUAUCUUCAAAGAAUAUGAAAUGGAAUCUGAUGGUGUUGCUCUCUUCAAGAAGUUUGAUGAAGGACGUAAUAACUUUGAAGGAGAAGUUACUGCUGAUGCCGUGAACAAAUUCAUCUCGGCCAACAGAUUGCCGUUGAUUAUUGAAUUUACACAAGAGUCUGCACAAAAGAUCUUUGGUGGAGAAAUCAAGAACCACAUCUUACUCUUCUUAGAAAAGAAAGCAGAUGCUUCUGCCAAAAUUUUGGAAGGAUACAGGAAAGCUGCAGUUGGAUUUAAAGGAAAAGUUCUGUUUAUCACCUUAGAUACCUCAGAUGAAGAUAAUGCAAGAAUCUUGGAAUUCUUUGGUUUGAAGAAAGAAGAAACCCCAGCUGCUCGUCUUAUCACCCUAGGAGAAGACAUGACCAAAUAUAAACCAGACUCUGAUGAUCUUUCAGAAGAUGCUGUUACAUCAUUCGUACAAUCCUUUUUAGAUGGCAAAUUGAAGGCUCAUUUGAUGUCCGAAGAAGUGCCAGCAGACUGGGAUUCCAAACCAGUUAAAACUUUAGUUGGAAAGAACUUUAAAGAAGUAGCUUUCAAUCAAGAUAAAGCAGUUUUAGUAGAAUUCUAUGCACCAUGGUGUGGACAUUGUAAACAAUUAGCCCCAAUUUGGGAUGAAUUAGGAGAAAAAUUCAACGAUAAAGACGAUAUUGUUAUAGCUAAAAUGGACUCUACAGCUAAUGAAAUAGAAGAUGUUAAAGUUCAAAGUUUUCCAACUAUUAAAUACUUCCCUAAAGGCAGCAGUGAUGUUAUAGAUUAUAAUGGAGAAAGAACUUUAGAUGGAUUUGUUAAAUUCUUAGAAAGUGGUGGAAAAGAGGGAGCAGGUGAACCAGAAGAAGAGGAUGAAGAUGAAGAUGAAGAGGAAGGAGAUGAAGCAGCAGCAAAGGAUGAAUUAUAGACAUUUCCAUUACGGGUUGUGCAGGGGUGGGAGCUUAUUCCAUUGUCAAAGGGAAGGGAAAAUAAACCAGUCUGUUAUUUGGAAUCUCUGUUUGGACAUUAAGUGACCUUAAUUGUUGUCUAUUUAUUUAAAUUCAUUUGACUGUGUUCAAUAUUGAGAUUUGGGGUUUAAUGUUUGGUGCAGACAUUUCCUGGAGUGCUUCCAUAUCAUGUUGAAUGUAGAGAGAUGUUAGACUAUGUUUAAAAGUGUGAGUGGGUCCAGUGGUGCUAUGAUAGUUUUACAUAGUAAUUCACCGUUUAUCAAAAAAGGUUAAGGUUUUUGUUAAGUGUAUUUUUUUUAAUGUCAUCACAGGCACUUGCCAGCUGGAUCCAAUUAUCUUUGAAAUGAAAAUGUAGACACAUUCUAAUGUCUUUAGACUUAAUAGUUUUCAUUUUGUAAUCAUUUAUAGAACUGUAGUGCUGAAUCUGGAAAACAAAUGUAUUCAAUAUGGUAUUAUGUUUGACUGUCAUUUUGUAAUUUUUGGCAGCUUGUUUUGGCAUUUUAUAUUUUCCAUCAAAAUGUUUUUAUCUAAUCCAGUGUUCAAAAAUGGAAAUCAAGAAAAAAAAUAUCUUAUCCAUUCAAAGUUAUUUAAAAAACAUGAUCAACCAAAUUUAGAGUCUUUGCAUAAUUAAGAAUAUUUCCCCUGUCUAGUCAUACCCAAAGAUUUCGUAAUCAUUCCAAAUUUUAGUUGUAAAUUUCAAAUUUGGAAAUGAGAACCCAGCGUAGGCCCCUUUCUUACAAAUAGCAUCUAUAUGUCUCCUCAUUGCAGUAGAAAAUUGACAAGAGAAAGUACAAAUCCAAAUUUCCUGUCAUGUUUUUCUGGGUUUUUUUUUUAUCUAUAGCCAUACAUGUAUCAUGUUUUUAAGUUAUUAUUUUUUCUUAAAUUGUAGCAAUAAACAGUGACUUUUGUUAUUAAUAGUUUUGAAUUUAUGAGUGCUAUAAAUAUUAUUUCACUGACCUCAGUAAAAGAUGGUUUGUUUUUUUUUAAAAGAAAUUCAUCUCUUUUAAUGUUUGUAUUUGAAGGGUUUGCAUUGUCAAAUACUCUACCCUGAUAUUAAAAUUGCAACAGCAUUUGUCUGAAGGGAUCAUUCACCAUUGUAAAUGAUGUUGAUUUUCAGUGAUGAAAUGAAACUACCAUGUUAUGAAAAUUUGAACUCUUUCCGACUUCUUUGAAAGAUUAAGUGAGUUUCUUUUAAGAAGACUUUAUCAUCAGUGACCAGAAGUAUAGUGCAAUUAAAUCAGUUUUCAGCAAGUGACAUUGCUACUUAAUUUGUUGUUCAUUAGGUUCCUGUAUAUCAGUAGAUUUUUUAUAGUGCUUCAAAUAGCUUCCUCUUUUCCUACUUAUAUAAGGUUUUCUUAUUCACAACAUUGUUGUAUUUGGAAAUUUGAAAUGUAAAUUAUUUAUAGUAUGAUCAUCCAAAUACAAAAAUGUUGUAUAUAUUUAUUAACGAAUUGUAGCCAGUAGAUAUAGGGUUACCCCCUUUCUAUAAAUGGAACAACAGAUUGUGUGCCAUUGUCACUUUGGUUAUUUUUACUAUUUUAUGUAUGAAUGGGUGAUGGAUGUGUUUUAAUUGGACAGUUUGUUUUGUAUACAUGUUAAAGAUAAACAUUCAAAGUUUUGUAAGAUUAUAUUAAGAAGCAUAAAAAUAGUAAAUAUUAAAAUUUGAAAAUACAAA